GGCCAUCGCGCGCACUCCGGCUUAUCGAUAAACCCGCUUUCUCCUCAUCUCGCGACUCUCCACUCUGCACCGAAUUGUCAAUAUACUCAAGUCAUGCUGGCUCGAGCUGCGGUACGGUCUGGCUGGCGGACAGCCCAGCUGUCGCGUUUUCGCGGCUUUCAUGGUCUGACCCAAAGCAGGUUCCUGAAGGUGUCGGAGGAGGUCCGCGAUGCUGUGGCUACGGGCAACCCAGUUGUUGCUCUCGAGACAACCAUUUAUACACACGGUUUCCCAUACCCUGACAACAUUGCCCUGGCUUCGCUGUUGGAGUCAGUUGUCCGAGCCAAUGGCGGCAUUCCCGCGACAGUGGGUGUGGUCGGUGGUGUUGCUCGAGUUGGCCUGAGUGCGGAUGAGCUUAUCGAGCUGGCCGCGACGGCGGAGAAGAAGAGUGCUUUGAAAGUAUCUCGUCGAGACCUUGGGUACAUCUGCGGUUUGGGCAUGGCUGGAAAGCCGAUCCAUGGCGGCACAACUAUCUCCGGCACCAUGGUCCUCUCGCAUCUUGCCGGUAUCAAGAUCUUCGGGACUGGAGGACUAGGGGGUGUCCACCGUGGCGGUGAGAGAUCCAUGGAUAUAUCUGCCGAUCUGACAGAGCUGGGCCGGACCCCGGUGACGGUCAUCAGCUCUGGAUGUAAGAGCUUUUUGGACAUCCCACGAACGCUCGAGUAUCUUGAGACAGAAGGGGUGUGCGUGGGCACCUUUGCCGAUGGCCGGGAAGGCUCGGUCGACUUUCCCGCGUUCUAUACGCGAGAGAGCGGCAUCCGAAGCCCACGGGUCAUCCAGAACGAGGCCGAGGCUGCCGCCAUAGUCUAUGCACAAUCCAAGCUUCCGGUAUCAUCUGGGAUCCACUUCGCCAACCCCGUUCCUUCAGAAUACUCAGUUCCGAAGGCUGAGAUGGAUCUUGUCAUCGAAGGGGCUGUACGCCUGGCCGAUGUCGAAGGAUAUGGCGGCAGUGAUAAUACCCCGUUUGUGCUUGCAAAGAUUAAGGAAUUGAGUGGCGGGAAGAGUGUGGCAGCGAACCGCGCUUUGAUUGAAUCGAACGUCCAGCGCGCAACCCGCGUGGCCGUGGAGCUCGCCAAGCUCGAGCAGGCUGACCGCGGAACAGGACCUCGACACAUGCCAGCCGUUCCGAACGUAGCUCAGCCGAAGCAAGAUAUUCCACCAGUCCAGGAGAGCCCUAAACCAAGCAACGAAGCUGCACCUCUUGCGUCGGUGGAAAAGGCCGAUGUAUUGGUUGCCGGCUCGCUCGCCAUCGACUUGUCUUGCGACUACACUCCAUUUGGCGACGAGCGCUUCCAGGUUGCGCCAGUGCCGCACACGUCUAACCCGGCUGUUAUCGGACAGAGCCUGGGUGGUGUGGGCCACAACGUCGCUCUCGCAGCAAGCUAUGUCGGCAGUGACGUGCUCUUCUGCAGCGUCGUCGCAGACGACCUCAGUGGCCGCGCGGCGCUUUCAACUCUCGAGAAAGAAGGCCUACAUACGGCGGGCAUUCAUGUUCUUCCUGCAACAGCCGGCAUACGCACCGCUCAAUAUAUCGCCGUCAACGACGCCAAGAAAGAUCUUCUGGUGGCCAUGGCCGACAUGGCGAUCGUCGAGCUCCCGGAGCAACAGCUCGACUUUGACGGGUUCUGGGAACCGCUCAUCCAACGCACCCAGCCCCGCUGGGUCGUCGUCGACGCCAAUUGGCGAUCAGACGUUCUCGCGAAAUGGAGCGCGGUCGCCCGCAAGCACGGCGCGCGCGUGGCUUUCGAGCCCGUGUCGACAGCCAAAUCCCGCCGACUGUUCGGCAGCGACGCUGGCGGCUCCAGUGCGGCCAUUGGCGCUGCCCAGACGGUCCCUAACCACGCCAUCAGCCUCGCCUGUCCGAACCGCCUCGAGCUGGCAUCCAUGUACACCGCUGCAUGCGAGGCGCUCCUCUUCGAGUCUGCAGACUGGUGGCGCCUCGUCGAUGCCAUGUGUCUGCCAGCAUCAGGUUCGCGCGACCGUCUCGUCGCGCUGACCUCCACCGCCCUCGUAGACGAGGGCAUCCCCCAACAGACCAUCCAGCUCCUCCCCUUUAUCCCCUAUAUCAUCACCAAACUCGGGGCCGCCGGCGCCCUUCUGACCCAACUUCUUCCGCCUGGUGACCCCCGCUUGACGGACCCUGAGUUCGCACCCUAUAUCCUUGCCCGCGCAUCACUGUCCGCAGAUGCCCCCUUUGGUGGUGUGUAUAUGCGUCUUUUCCCUCCUGCAGCUGUUCUUGACGCCCACGAUAUUGUCAGUGUCAACGGCGCCGGUGAUACCCUGCUAGGUGUCGUGGUAGCUGGUCUGGCGAAGGAGAGCCCGGCCUCACGCAUUGAGGACAUCCUUCCCGUGGCACAGGAAGCUAGCCGGAAGACCCUAGCCAAGGCCGGGGGCGUGAGCGAGGAUCUGGUUCAGUUGCGGGCUACAUUAGGGCUGCGGCAGUAG